AUGGUCGAACUCACGAUCGUCCCGUCGUGGGACGGUAAGGGCGUCACCUGGCGCCCGAUAUUCGACGACGACGAGGAGGCUUUCGCGGCGUACACGCACGCGUGCGAGUACGCGAAGAGCGGACGCGGGAAGUGCGGGAAGUGCGGGGAAAAGAUCGCGAAGGACGCGGUGCGAAUCGGGGAACCGCUCAAGUAUCGCGGCGGCGAUUACGGAUGGAUAUCGAAGUGGAUGCAUCCGGAGUGUUAUCGCGCGGAGGGAGUCACGAGGGAGGAGCUGGAGACGCGCGUGCACGGGUUGGACGCGCUGAAGGAUGGGGAUCGGGAGGUGUUGCUGGCGACGGUGCUGUCGCCGGAUCGGCCGGAGAUCGAGAACACGGCGUUGGACGUGACGAGCGAGGAGUUUUUGCGUCGGCCGGCGGUGGAACCGAUGGAGGCGCCGCGGGCGUUGACGCGGCCGUUGUUGGGGUUUCAGCGCGAGGGGUUGCGGUGGAUGUGCGAUAACGAGAGCGGCGAUGCGAAGGGGGGGAUAUUGGCGGAUGAGAUGGGGAUGGGGAAGACGAUACAGUGCAUAUCGAUGUUGCUGGCGAGGAAGGAGGCGUGGAUGCGAGACCGCGCCGAGGUGGGGGAGAUGGUGACGGACGACGACAGACCGCCGCCGACGCUCGUGGUGGUGCCGACGUCGGCGCUCGUUCAGUGGGAAGAAGAGAUCAAAUCGUGCGUCGAGGAAGGGUCGCUGCGCGUGUUUGUGUAUUACGCUGAUCGCGCAAACGUCGUGGAAGGAGACUUUAAAGGAUACGACGUCGUGUUGACGACGUAUCCCGUCGUCGAAGCCGAGUGGCGGAAAAUCAUCAACCGACACUUGACGGCGUGUCAGUGGUGUGGGAAAAAGUACUUACCUCGCUCCAUGGUGACGCACUUGAAGUACUUCUGUGGACCAGACGCCGUGCGCACGGAAAAACUCGCGCGGCGCGAGGUGACGCGCGACGUGGCGAACGAAAAAGCCAUGCGCACGCUGAAAAUCAAGCCGGGCAGCGCCAAGGACGUGAAGAAGGGGAUUCCCACGAUGGCGAACGUAUACAAGGAACUCAUGGCGAUGGCCGGACGGGAGACGCUGAGCAUGUAUGAUGGCGCGCACAAGGCGCGCGCACGCGCGGCUUCAGGUCUCGCCCCGGGCGGCGACGUCGUCGUCGUCAAGGAGGAAGUUGAAGACGGCGUCGCCGAGCCGAGCGAAGUUCUGAAAGCUUUGAUUUCGCAGCUUCCAGUGCCGACGAUUGUAGUUGAGAAUAUCAAAGAGGAGUCGAUUGAGGAGAAAGAAAAAGAGGUCGAGUCAGUGAACGAGCCCGCCUUGGCUGACGCGUCAACGGCGGCGAUAGCGAGUACGGUGAAGAAGGCGCAGAAGCGCAAGUCGAAGGCUUCGGGUAAAGCGACUUCGACUUCGAGCGCAAAGAAAAAGAAGAAGAGUCUGCGCGAAGCUAGCGACGGCGAGGCUGAAAGUGAUUACAAACCGGACAGUGAUAGCGAAGAUGAUGAGAUCAUAUUAGUCGACGAUAGCGAGAGCGAAGAUAGAAAGCCAAAGAAGAAACAGAAGAAAAAGAAAACGCCGGCGAAAACCGAGGAAGCGGACGACGUGAAGGCGUCCAACAUCGACGACAUUCCGCAAACCUCGCAAGGUGGUUCGCAAGGUGGGAGCCAGUUUGAAGACGAAGACGACGUAGAUUUGUCGGAUUCCCUUCUUCAUCGCACGCAGUGGCACCGAAUCGUUCUCGACGAAGCGCACAAGAUCAAGGCGCGCACGAGCAACACCGCCAAGUGUAUCUACGCUUUGAAAUCCACGUAUAAGUGGUGUUUGACAGGUACACCGUUGCAGAAUCGAAUCGGCGAUCUUUACAGCUUGGUGAGAUUUUUGCGUAUGGAUCCGUACGCGUUUUACUUUUGUUCGACGAAGGGUUGCGAGUGCAAAACGCUCACCUGGAACUUCGGUCCUCAGGCGCGAUUUUGUACCAACUGCGGAUGCGGCGCUCCUAGGCAUUAUUCGCAUUUCAAUCGCACCGUGCUAAACCCGAUCAACCGUUAUGGCUACAUCGGUGACGGCAAGAAAGCGAUGCUGACUCUUAGAAAUGACAUUUUGUUGCCGAUGCAACUUCGCCGGACCAAGGCGGAACGCGCCGAGGACGUGCGACUGCCGGACUUGAAGAUUAUCAUUCAAGAAAACACAUUCAAUGAGGUUGAACAAGACUUUUACGAGUCUCUGUACAUGCUGACGCGCUCGAAGUUCGACGCGUUCGUGAAGAAAGGGAGCGUUUUGCACAACUACGCACACGUCUUCGAGCUCCUCGCACGACUGCGACAAGCGUGCGAUCAUCCGUACUUGGUGAUUCAUUCGAAGAGUGCGAACGUGAAAAAAGACGCCCCUGACGCGCCGAAAGUUGAAUCCCCGGCAGACACCGACGUUCCGAAGCAUUAUUGUGGCAUGUGUCAGGACGAAAUUGAGGAAGAAGACGCGGCUCUGGCGAAUUGCAAACACAUUUUCCAUCGUGAGUGCAUCAUGCAAUACGCGUCUUGUGCGCCUGCGGAUGGCAAAAAAGUGACUUGUCCCGUCUGUCGCACGGCGUUGACGAUUGACUUCUCUCCAGAAAGUCUCGAAAACGUCAAGAGUGCCAUUAGUCGUAAUUUCAAGGAUGCGCUACCAGACAAGUCAAUUCUCAACAAGCUCGAUCUCACGCAGUACACGUCGAGCACAAAGGUUGAGACGCUCGUUAACGCUCUGCGAGACAUGCGUAAUCAAGAAAAUGGGCACUUAAACAAAGCCAUCGUGUUUUCGCAGUACACAGCCAUGAUAGAAAUCGUCGAAUGGCGUUUGAAAAAGGCCAAGUUUACCAUCGCCAAGCUUCUCGGUUCCAUGCCGGUCACGCAACGCGCGGCGAAUUUGCAAGCUUUCCGAGAAGAUCCAAACGUCAGCGUGAUCUUGAUGAGUCUCAAAUCUGGCGGUGAAGGACUCAACUUGCAAGCGGCGAAUUACGUAUACGUUCUUGAGCCAUGGUGGAACCCAGCGGUGGAAAUGCAAGCCGUGAUGCGCGCACAUCGCAUCGGGCAGCUUCGACCGGUGACCGCUGUUCGAUUUUCGACCAAAGGCACGAUUGAAGAACGCAUGAUGGAGCUUCAAGAAAAGAAGCAGCUUGUGUUCGAAGGGUGUAUGGACGGCAAUCAAGCCGCGCUUUCUCAACUGACUGCCGAAGACUUGCAAUUUUUGUUCAAGCGAUGA